CAUUAUAUGCCGAGGGGAAAGGCUGGAUGGGCUCCCGGUUGGCCAUGAUGUCAACCUGGGGUGGACCGAUGUAGGUUGGACCCUGAAGGGCUACGAAAGGAGCGAGUCGGGAAUUAGUCCCGCACAAGCUGCCUGAGAAUGAUUUGUUUUCUUCUUGGUUCUACAAGAAGAACGGUUCAAGGUGGUGUCGCAAGUCGGUAGCAGUAGUUGCAUUGUUGCUCCAGUCAGUGGCGGUAUCGGAAUUUUGGUGUCAUUGUGUAUCUAGAUCAAAGAAAGCGCCCUAGGACAAAUCAAGCUGCAUGAUAAUCUGGCGAUCUGGAGUUGGCUGCACUUAUAGUAACCGAUAAGACUAACCUUAUACAAUAGCUUCUCGGCAAAGGGGUUAUAAGAGCUAGUAUACACUUCCUAAUAACGUAGGCUGGCUUCAAUUCUUGUCUCCAGGCGCAUUGGCUUCGUAGUCCAUACAUUUGGGGGGUUUUAUACCAUCGAUCCGUUAUCCUUCAAGUAAACAUUAUUGUAAAUUCUUCAAGCCAACCUCUAGAUACUUACCAUGAGCGUCGAACAAAGACAAUCCUGGGGAGAUCAUCCCGAGCCCCCCUAUCCUCUUCACUCAUCUGUAGUUGACCGUAUCAACCCCCAGUAUGCGGAUUUCUACAACAAACACAUCAUAAAGCACCAGCAAGUUCAUUUACAGCCCAUAGAAGCAUCACGGGCAAGUGGUGUCCUUAUUCCGGGUGCUGGUCCUCCUGCUCCUGUCGCUCAGACGAAGGACUACAGCAUCCCCCGGCAGGAGACCACCGGUCCGGAUGUUAAGAUCCGGGUAUUUACACCUCGAGGGACCAAGCCUGCCAGGGGGUGGCCGGUUUGCAUCUAUUUUCACGGUGGUGGCUGGGUCCUGGGAACCAUUGAUACAGAAAACGUGAUUGCAACGAAUUUCUGCUCCCGAAGCAAGUGUGUUGUUAUCGCCGUGGACUACAGACUUGCUCCCGAGAACCCCUUUCCUGCAGCCGUAGACGACUGUUGGGAAAGUGUGCUGUGGGCCCUAGGCCAAGGGAAAGAAGAAUUACAACUGGAUAUUACCAAGCUGGCUACCGGAGGCUCUUCUGCAGGCGGAAACCUUGCUGCGAUAAUGUGUCAGCGCGCAGUCACCCUGGGCACCUUCAAGUUCUCCUUGCAAUUAUUGUCGGUCCCAGUGACGGACAACACGGCAGAUGUACACAACAACGCGUCAUGGAGAGAAAACCAACAUACCCCAGCCCUCCCCGCGCCCAAGAUGCUAUGGUAUCGAAAGCACUACCUCCCCAAUCAAUCAGACUGGUCUCAUCCCGAAGCGAGUCCGUUGCUGUGGGAAGGGGAUUGGUCCAAACUUCCGCCGGCCGUUAUAGUUGUUGGGGAAUUGGACGUGUUGAGGGACGAAGGGAGGCAGUUCGGGGAUAAACUACGUACUGCGGGCGUCAAUGCCAAUGUUCAUACGAUGGCUGGCCAGCCACACCCUUUCAUCGCUAUGGAUGGGGUCCUGGAUGCCGGGAAGGAAGCCAUCACAUACUUCUGCGACGCGCUUAGGGAAACAAUGUAUCCCAAGCCGGCUUCGGUGCCUGAAUAAAAUAAGCGAUGCGCUACCUCUGUCUCAUCUCAUGGGCUUUGUCUUGUUGAGGCGUACCUAGAUUUACGGCUGUAUCAGUAUAGAGGCAAUUACUAUGUACCUCUUAUGUCUAGGUACAUGUGUUAGAUGAUUAACCCUAUCUUCGCAAAGCCUAAGCUAAUCUUCAGCUUAAAACGAAUCUUGACUUAUGAUAUUAUAAAUUAAGUAGUUUAAGCCCCUGUGUCGUCUUCAAGUCUUAUCGUAAGGUUGUAAGAAAAGUUGAUAAUAGGAAGGGUGAACGCCUAGGUUUCAUGUUUG